AAGAAACACCCGGCCAAUAAGCAUUUUACGGGAGGUCCCUAUUCUGAUUUGCUGGUGUUUACACAUGACGGGAUGUAUAUAAACCCCAGAGCCCCUCCACACUCCAACACUCAGGUAGCAGAGGUGAUGAAGCAUCUUUCACGCCGCCGCGGAUUUUACUGUCUGAAGUGCACAGACUGCGAGGAAGAGAUUUCUGGAUUUCCAAUUAUUUCUCAAAAAGGGACUCCCCUGAAUAAAGGAUUCAGUUUAGACUUUUUUUAAAAGAAGGAAUUGCACCCACUUUUUUCCAAGAAAAAUAAUAGUAUUAUCUGGCAAUGUUGUCGGAGGGUCGCUGGCUGACAGUGGUGGGGUUUGUUCUGGGAUUCUGUCGGUGCGCUCUCUCCAUGGAGCGACAGUUUGUUACCCCAGUGCGUCUGGACCUCGGGGACAAUGGGCAGAGUGUGGACUUUAAAAUCGAGGCGUUUAACCAAGAGUUCUUCCUGAAUUUGGUGCCCGACUCCAGUUUCCUAGCGCCGGGUUUCACUGUCCAGUCUGUGGGAUCUGACGCAUCUCCCACUGCCGCCUGGGGUACCAACGUGAACCAUUGCUUCUACUCGGGCUUCGUGAACGAAGAGCCUGAAUCCUACGCGGCGCUCAGUUUGUGCAACGGGAUGCACGGGGCGUUUGGCUCCAAUGGAUUGGAAUAUCUCAUCCAGCCGGUGAAAAACAAGAGUGGGACCCCAAGUGCCAGCGACGCUACUCAUGUCAUCCUCCGCAGGAGUAUGCCCGCGCCCCUGGCUAACGGCACAUCCCGGUGUGGAGUGAGUGCGACCCACGCAAACCGAGCCGUGCUGGAGAAAUUUAAAGCAUCCCAUACCAUGGAUCCUUCAGCUGAAGGGGAAUUUGUGAGGAAAAAGGGCAGUAGGUCAAAGCGAUUUGCAUCCAUUCCCCGCUUUGUGGAAACCUUAGUGGUGGUGGAUGAAUCAAUGGCUAAUUUCCACGGCGAUGACCUUAAGCACUACGUCCUCAUGUUAAUGGCAGUGGCAGCCAGGUUGUACAAGCACCCCAGCAUUCUCAACCCGAUCAGCAUCGUGGUGGUGAAGUUUAUGGUCAUCAAUCAUGAAGAGAAGGGCCCCAAAAUCUCCAGCAAUGCUGCACUCACUCUGAGAAACUUCUGUGUGUGGCAGAAGAAGUUUAACAAGGCCAGCGAUAAGAAUCCAGAGUACUACGAUACGGCAAUUCUAUUCACAAAACAGGACUUGUGUGGUGCUCAGACCUGUGACACACUAGGAAUGGCAGAUGUGGGGACAAUGUGUGACCCAAAGCGAAGUUGCUCUGUUAUAGAAGAUGAUGGUCUCCCAUCAGCCUUCACCACUGCUCAUGAACUGGGUCACGUCUUUAAUAUGCCCCAUGAUAACGUCAAGGCAUGUGAAAAUGUAUUCGGGAAGCUAAAGGACAAUCACAUGAUGUCUCCCACCCUAAUACACAUUGACCGUUCCAGACCAUGGUCAGUGUGCAGCGCGGCUAUCAUCACCGACUUCCUGGACAGUGGUCACGGUGACUGCCUUUUGGAUGAGCCAAUGAAACCUAUCACAUUACCCAACAACCUACCUGGUGAGAGCUACAACUUGAACAGGCAGUGUGAACUGGCAUUUGGGGUUAACUCGAAGCCAUGCCCAUACAUGCAGCCUUGCCUGAAACUGUGGUGUACAGGGAGAGCCCAAGGGCAGCUGGUGUGCCAGACGAGACACUUCCCAUGGGCAGAUGGAACACGCUGUGGAGAUGGGAAAUUCUGUAUGAAGGGCACUUGUGUGCCAAUGCAUGAUGUGACAAAGCACAAGGUGGAUGGAAGAUGGGGAAAAUGGGGUCCUUAUGGGUCAUGUUCACGUACAUGUGGAGGUGGUGUGCAGCUUGCCAAGAGAGAAUGCAACAAACCAGUCCCGGCCAAUGGAGGACGAUAUUGUGAAGGGAUCCGUGUCAAAUACCGUUCAUGCAAUUUGGAGCCAUGCCCUGACAAUGGUAAAAGUUUCAGGGAGGAGCAGUGUGAAUCCUUCAAUGGUUACAAUGUCAAUACCAAUAGACUUGCCCCAUCUGUUGUGUGGGUUCCAAAAUACUCAGGAGUAUCUCUGAGGGACAAAUGCAAGCUUGUGUGCAGAGCAAAUGGAACUGGAUACUUCUAUGUUCUUGCACCCAAGGUAGUGGAUGGAACUCCAUGCAUGCCAGACACUUCAGCCGUGUGUGUCCAAGGCAAGUGUAUAAAAGCUGGUUGUGAUGGAAGAUUGGGCUCCAAGAAGAAAUUUGACAAGUGUGGAAUAUGUGGAGGCGAUCACAAAAGCUGCAAGAAAGUUUCAGGCUUAUUCACAAAGCCCAUACAUGGAUAUAAUUAUAUUGUGAGGAUUCCAGUCGGAGCCACCAGUAUAGAUAUCAAGCAAAGAGGAUACCGAGGCAUGACUAAUGAUGACAACUAUCUGGCUGUUAAGAAUGAACAUGGAAAGUACAUACUCAAUGGUCACUAUAUUGUUUCUGCGGUCGAACGGGACAUUGUCAUAAAGGGAAGCCUGCUGCGGUAUAGUGGGACAGCAACUUCUGUUGAAAGCCUUCAAGCCUUUAGACCCAUCCAAGAACCAUUGGUUAUUGAAGUCCUAUCAGUUGGAAAAAUGACUCCCCCUCGAGUCCGCUACUCCUUCUACCUACCCAAGGACAAUAGGGAAGAUAAAUCUUUGCAUAGUCCUCAUAAAAAAGACACAAAAGGAGUCUCAUUGAACAAUGAAAGUUUGAGCAAAUUCAAUAAAAUAAACUUGCGGCAACCAGACUAUAAGAGGCCUAUUUAUAAAUGGGUAGUGAGAAACUGGUCUGAGUGUUCUGUUUCAUGUGGAAAUGGGUUGCAGCACAGAUCUGUUGAGUGUGAAGACAAUCUCGGAAAAAUAGCAUUUGACUGUGACACCACCCAGAAACCAGAAGUCAUCCGGCAAUGUGGAGAUCCUUGCCCGGUGUGGGAGAUCGGUGGCUGGUCACCAUGCUCUAAGACCUGCGGCAAAGGAUUCAAGAGACGUUUAAUCAAAUGUAAGGCUGAUACUGGCCACGCGUUACCCAGGGAACACUGCAGUAUAAGGAAGAAGCCACAAGAGCUGGACUUUUGCACUGUUAGACCUUGCUGAAAACCCUCAGUGGAUAUUAUUUCAGAUAGCAUAGUCUUUAGUAAUGGCAGGUGAUCAGUGAUUUAAAGUGAUGGCUAUAUCUGUUACGCCUGAACCCAAAUGGAAUAUUAAAACCAACAACUGCUUCACAUUGGGAAACAUGGAGAUCUGUGAUGUAUAAUUAGGAAUGAAAUUACCUAAAAUUUACAUGUUGAAGUCUACCUCUGGCAUUUGUAUGUUGGCGUUAAACUGAUUUGGUGACUUCAUUGACCUUGUACUAAUGUAAGAAGUGAUGACUGCCUAUUGGACACUUACACAAUGCAGUUUGUCACCAAGUUAGAAGCAGUCAAAGAUUUCUAUGGUUUGAUGAUGUUUUUUUUCCACCAUUGAGCGUUUAACAAUAAUACAGGGACCAGUGUAGGUGCAACUGCAAUAAAUAUAAUGCAGGGAUGUCCUAAUGUGAUAUAUUAAUAGGUCAAUGGUAAUAGGUGACCAUUCUUAACUUCAGAGAUGUGGAAGUGAGUUCAUUUGUAAACAGGGAAUUUAAUAUGCUUUUUUAAAAUAAAAUAUAUUAGGAAGAUAAAACUUGUUUGUGAAACCAAUAGAAUAUUUUACCCAGUAAUACUAUUGUGUGACAUGUAAUGUGACAUUUGGUCAGGUUUAACUGAUGUCACCAUUGCAACAUUUUACACUAGAUCCUAACUCUAUUUUUUAAAAAGGUGUUAGGCUUUUGCUAAAGUCAGGUUAAACACUGCAGACGUUAUGUCUGAGGUGAGCAUUAUAGUAUCUGGUAGCUGAACCUGUUCGCAAAAUGAUCUCUUCUGACAAUCUCUUAGUAAACUAUGUUUUAUAUAUAAUAAUUUAUUCUGAUAGGGACAAUAUUACAUGGUGCAUCAAUCAUUUUCUGUAUGCUGGCAACAUUAUUUAUUGUGUGUAUUAGGUUCCAAAAACCAUCAAUGUAAAACCAAACUGACAAUUCAAGUCAUUUUUUGUGUGGUGAGAUUAUAACUAUGAAGUGAUACAUUUUGUCCAUGUUUGCACAUUUUAUACCUUGCCUGCAAACAUUUGUGAUAAUUCUAGAAAUAUAUCUGUUACAUGAAGAAACAAUUCAUACAAAUGUUUCAUCCAAGAAAAGGUUCAAAUUCUUAGUAUUUCACUAAAGUUGAAAGCCACUUGCAUCGAUGGUUGUUAAAUCUUCUCUUUGUAUUGUGCAGUACUUUUUUUUAAAGAAAAUAUCAUUUAUACCAGACUCUGUAACCCUUUCACUUGUGUUCUGGUUGGGAGGGACUGCAGUUACUGCUCUUCCAUCUAAAAGAUGGUUCAUAUGUUAUUGGGGUUUAUAUUACUCUUUUGCAUUUUUUAAUUGCAAAGGGCAUAAAUAGCGUUUAUUGGCUGUUAUGUAUACCAUGUAUACAUCUGUUUAAUUGUGCACAAUAAAACCA